GCCAGUCCAUCAACAGUAUUCUUCCAGAAAGCUUGUAGAAAUUUUUUUUGGUAUAAAACUAUUACGCUAACAGGCAUGACGCUAGUUUUACGGCCGAAUGGAGCGUUCAAAGGCGUCACUUCUUUACAAUCGUCUUACGUCAAUCGAGAGACGCAAACUGGACGUAGAAACGACUCGAUUCUAUAUACAUAAUAUACAAGUCUAUCUUUCCCCCUCCCCCCCCCUUCUAACAAUCCACCUCUCUUUAUAGAUGUAUACAAAAAACGUUACAGUUUAGAUUAAGGCCUAAACAAAUUAAUUAGCAAUAAAUUUUAUAAAUGAGAAAUAGACUUAUCGUUGCUCUGGUAAACUUUUUAGCAUUAUUUUUUAAAUAGUAAAUGAAAUAGUCUUGUUACUUGUAAACUGAGCAUUUUUUUUUAUUAUCAAAUAGCCAAUUGUAAAGCUUUCAGAUGUAUAUCGGAAUAAUGGAAAAAUUCACUUUCUAAUAACCGUUUGAUGUUGAAAAUAAGAAAAGAAAGAAAAUCUAUACAAUUUCUAAAUUACUAUUGUAUUUUUCUUUCUUUCCUCCUUUUUUUUUCUUUUUUACUUAUUUCCAUCUUUUCUAUUCGCCCCACAAACCUUCCCCCCCCCCAUCUUUUCUCAUCUAUCUCUCUGUCUUCAUUUACUGCCCUUUUCACCCCCUGCUAGGCUUCUUCUUUCACUCUUUUAAAUUAACCAUUAAAUGCUUACAAAUUUCUUGUGAAAUUCUUUUCCCGAUAAACUCACUAUUAUGUAAUAAUAUAUAAGCAACCUUCGUAGUUCGAUUACUGUCAAAGAUGUAAUCUAAGUUGACCGUAGCACGUUUACGUUACCAAUAGAUGGCGUAUAGUUUAAGAAUAACAUAUGCUUCUUACAGUUUGUUAGUAGUCAAAUACGAUCCGACGUUAUCUCUAAACACUCUAUAAUUUUGUUAUCCUACUAGAUAAAUUUUAAGGUGUGAUAGAUCGGAAGAAUUGAAAAAUAGCAGUUUUUUUUUUUAAUUCUAAUAUAGUUGUUAAUGGCAUGUCUGUGUAAUUGUUGUUUUUUAAUUAUUGUACUAAAUUUUCAUUUCACAUUUACAGCAGAUCAAUCAAAACUCGGAAAAAGACAACGUGAUUCAGAUGAUGAAACGGAAGAGAUUGAUGUUGAAACGUCUCCGCCCCCCAGAAAAAGGAUUACACCGUUUACAAAUACGCCUAUAGAGAAAAAAGAGGAACGACGACGACUUUUACGAACUUGUCAAUCAAAAAUCAAAAAGUUGAAAGGAUACGAUGAGACACUGCAUAGACGGUUAUUGAUAAAUAGCGUUACUAAGAGGGUUAUGGCAGAAAUGAGACGUGAUAAAAUGAUUAGAAAAUGUAUGUUUGAAGAAGACUAUAUAGCUCAUUUUGACGAGCCUGUUGACAAAAUACAAAAUGACGAUUAUUCUGAAAAAAUUUUCGGAUCUGAUACUCAAAAUUCUCCUCCAGAGUGUUCGGAUAAGGUUGUUCAAGAACUAUAUGAACGUAUGCAGAUAUUUUUCCCAGAACUCGAUUCCGAUAACGAUGUUAAAGUUGAAGACCAAUUUUCAACCUUAUCUGCUGAUAUGGACACUCCACCAGUCGCUUGUAAGAAAAUGGUUCUUUACUUUGUCAGCAAUGCUGUAUCACCAUCUUACACGAUUUAUAUGGGAGAAGAUAAAUUUGAAAAUGAACAUCUUAUAAAGUGGGGUUGGCCGGAAGAUGUAUGGUUUCACGUUGAUAAAUUAUCAUCGGCUCACGUCUACUUGAGGUUGAGAAAAAACGAGACACUGGACGAUGUUCCUCAGGAUGUUAUCAUCGACUGUGCCCAAUUGGUCAAGGCGAAUAGUAUUCAAGGGAAUAAAAUGAAUGAUAUCGAUGUUGUUUAUACAAUGUGGGAAAAUUUAAAAAAAACUGGAGGAAUGGAAGUUGGUCAGGUCGGCUUUCAUCGUGAAAAAGAGGUUAGAAAAAUUCGCGUGGAAAAAAGAACUAACGAAAUAGUAAAUCGAUUAAAUAAGACUAAAGUAGAUAAAAAAGAUGUUGACUUGCAAGCCGAAAGAGAGGAAAGAGAUAGGAAAGAAAGAGAAGUACAAAAAGCAAAACUAAGAGAACAGAAAAAGAGAGAAAAAGAAGAAGAAGAGAAAAGACAGAAGGAAUUGGAAGUUCGUAGUUAUAAAUCAUUAAUGAAAUCAGAAAAUAUGACAUCUAAUCAGGAUGAUGGUAAUGAUAGCGAUGAUUUUAUGUAA